ACAAGUGACACUGUGAACCAACUACUUCAAGUGUGGGAGGAGUUGUCGUCGUCCAACACUAAAUGGUUGGAAGAUAGGUUGCGCUAUGACGACGAUCUUGGUAUGAAUCCGUUUCAUAUCGUGGUGACCUCUGUGAACUUGAAGAAGGAAAUAUUGGAAUUUCUCUUGAAUCGAUAUCCGAAAAAGGUGCUUGUUUCUGGGGACUUUAACGCCAAAACCAUGAUGGACUACCUAUUGAUCCGUUCCUCCAAAGAAGCUGUCCCCUUGAUUCAAAUGACACUGCAAAAGGUAUUUGUAACUUCCAUUAAUGAUUGGGGUAUGGGAUUGAUACCCAAAUGGAAGGCUGAUUUGGAACAGCACAUUCUGUCCCUACACGUACCAACAGCAGUUGACCAUGACAUUCAAACGAGACGGAAACUCGUUCGAGAGAUUUUCAAACGUGUCGGAUACUACACGAGAAUAGAGAAAACAUCACAAAUUGAGCUAGCGCUGAGAAUAAAAGAAGCCUUGAUGGAGGAAAAACGAGAAUGCGAGAUUGAUCGUAGACAAUGCCAAUUGCAUUGUGGAGCAGGAAUCGCCAUUGAGAAUGUAUUUGGAUUUCUUUGGAAUGGCGAAUCAAGAGCCCAAACGGCCCUAUCGAUGUUUCCCCGCUUUUGUGCAAGUUCGAGUAUUGGAGAAGAAGAUGUCAAGAAUAAAUGA